AUGAGACAGUUAACAGAAGAAGAAACCAAGGUUAUUUUCGAAAAGCUUGCUGGCUAUAUCGGUAGAAAUAUUUCGUUUUUAGUCGACAAUAAAGAACUACCUCACGUUUUCAGAUUACAAAAAGAUAGAGUAUAUUAUGUGCCUGAUCAUGUUGCUAAAUUGGCUACCAGUGUAGCAAGACCUAAUUUGAUGUCUCUAGGUAUCUGUUUGGGCAAAUUCACAAAGACAGGGAAAUUUAGAUUACACAUCACUUCUUUGACAGUAUUAGCCAAGCAUGCCAAGUAUAAGAUAUGGAUCAAGCCGAAUGGGGAAAUGCCAUUCCUAUAUGGUAACCACGUUUUAAAGGCACAUGUGGGCAAGAUGUCUGAUGAUAUACCAGAACACGCAGGUGUUAUUGUCUUUGGUAUGAAUGAUAUUCCAUUAGGAUUCGGUGUCAGUGCGAAGAGUACCUCUGAGUCAAGAAACAUGCAACCUACUGCCAUAGUUGCCUUCAGACAAGCUGAUAUCGGCGAGUAUCUGAGAGAUGAAGACACUUUGUUUACUUAA